AUGGUGAGUGCUAACCGAAACCAGAGUGCUACAGUCAUGUUCAUCCUUUUAGGAUUCUCUGAUUUCCCAGAUCUGCAAGUACUCCUCUUCAUGGUGUUCCUGGCCAUCUAUGUGGUGACUAUUGUGGGAAACUUGGGCAUGAUUGUGAUCAUUAGAUACAACCCCAAACUCCACACCCCUAUGUACUUUUUCCUCAGUCACUUAUCCUUUGUGGAUUUCUCUUACUCCACUAUAAUCACACCCAAAUUGUUAGAAAUCUUAGUUGUGGAAGACAGGACCAUCUCAUUUGUGGGCUGCAUCAUGCAAUUUUCUUUCGCCGUCACCUGUGUGGUGACAGAGAUGUUCAUGUUGGCAGUAAUGGCCUAUGACCGAUUUGUAGCCAUUUGUAAUCCCUUACUUUAUACGGUCACCAUGUCCCAGAAACUUUGUGCCCUUCUAGUCAUUAUAUCAUAUUCGUGGGGCCUAAUUUCUUGUGGAGUAUUCACCUACUCUCUUCUCAUCUUAUCAUUUUGGGGGAUAAACACCAUUAAUAAUUUUCUGUGUGAGUAUUCUGCCAUUCUUUCUGCUUCCUUCUCUGAUAAGCACCUUACUGAAGUAAUUCUAUUUAGCCUUUCAAAUUUUAAUACCCUUUGCACACUUGGCAUAAUACUUACCUCCUACAUAUUUAUUUUUGUAACUGUCAUGAAGAUGCCUUCAACCAGUGGGAGACGUAAAGCUUUCUCCACCUGUGCCUCCCACUUGACUGCUGUUACUAUCUUCUUUGGGACUAUCCUCUGCCUCUAUUGUAUACCCAGUUCCAAAAGCUCAUGGCUCAUGAUCAGAGUGAGCACUGCUUUUUACACCGUAGUGAUUCCCAUGUUAAACCCCUUAAUAUACAGCCUCAGGAACAAAGAUGUUAAAGAAACUUUUAGGAAACUAAUGGACAUCAAGGUAUUUUCUCACUAA